GGGUCUUAGAGCCGACGGAUUCCAGCGCUUCUCGCCCUGAUUGGUUCCAUCCUUCUCAAGCUACCCGAUGAUUGGUUCAAACUUCCUGAAGGAGGCGCGGCCUGAGGAAAGUAAAAACUCGCUUUGAGCCUGAAGACUUUUGAAACUUUUCCCAAUCCCUAAAAGGGACUUUGCUUCUUUUUCCGGGCUCGGCUGGGCAGCCUCUCCGUACCCCAGCUCGCUGAGGCUGCGGGCUGUCGUUCUGCUGGCGGGACCCCGAGAGCCGCGGUCUUCUUUCCUAGCGUUCAGAAGAGUCGGUCUCGCUCCACGAUCGCGCGUGGCAUCUCCGCCGCCAGUUCAGGGUUGCCACCCGCCGGGCCGAGAGCACGCGGCCAGCGGGGCCGCCCCAGGCGCGCCCUCCAGGAUGCUGACUCGCCCGGUCGGCUGAACCCAAGCGCUCCCGGUCGGCCCGAGCUCCGGCGCCUUCGGCGCUUGGCUCGCGACGCUGCCCCGAGAAGGGGCUGCCCGCGCCGCCCCGUUUCCUCCUGCUCUCCUGCUCCAGGCCUCGCUCGCCGCAGUCGGUGCGCACAGGCGGCGGCCGGGCGUCUGGGACGCAGCAUGCAGGCGCGCUACUCGGUGUCGGACCCCAACGCCUUGGGAGUGGUACCCUACUUGAGCGAGCAAAACUACUACCGGGCAGCGGGCAGCUACGGCGGCAUGGCCAGCCCCAUGGGCGUCUACUCCGGCCACCCGGAGCAGUACGGCGCCGGCAUGGGCCGUUCCUACGCGCCCUACCACCACCAGCCCGCGGCGCCCAAGGACCUGGUGAAGCCGCCUUACAGCUACAUCGCGCUCAUCACCAUGGCGAUCCAGAACGCCCCCGAGAAGAAGAUCACCCUGAAUGGCAUCUACCAGUUCAUUAUGGACCGCUUCCCCUUCUACCGCGAGAACAAGCAGGGCUGGCAGAACAGCAUUCGCCACAACCUGUCGCUCAAUGAGUGCUUCGUGAAGGUGCCGCGCGACGACAAGAAGCCGGGCAAGGGCAGCUACUGGACGCUCGACCCGGACUCCUACAACAUGUUCGAGAAUGGCAGCUUUCUACGGCGACGCCGGCGCUUCAAGAAGAAGGACGUGCCCAAGGACAAGGAGGAGCGGGCCCACCUCAAGGAGCCGCCUUCGGCCCCAGCCAAGGGCGCCCCGACGGGGACCCCGGUAGCGGACGCGCCCAAGGAGGCCGAGAAGAAGGUGGUGGUCAAGAGCGAGGCGGCGUCACCCGCGCUGCCGGUCAUCACCAAGGUGGAGACAUUGAGCCCCGAGGGCGCGCUGCAGGCCAGUCCCCGCAGCGCAGCCUCCACUCCCGCUGGCUCCCCUGACGGCUCGCUGCCUGAGCACCACGCCGCGGCGCCCAACGGGCUGCCAGGUUUCAGCGUGGAGACCAUCAUGACGCUGCGCACGUCGCCUCCGGGCGGCGAUCUGAGCCCGGCGGCCGCGCGCGCCGGCCUGGUAGUGCCGCCGCUGGCUCUGCCUUACGCUCCCGCGCCACCGGCCGCUUAUGCACAACCGUGCGCGCAGGGCCUGGAGGCGGCGGGCUCCGCAGGCUACCAGUGCAGCAUGCGGGCCAUGAGCCUGUACACCGGGGCCGAGCGACCCACGCACGUGUGCGUCCCACCGGCCCUGGACGAGGCUCUGUCGGACCACCCGAGCGGCCCCGGCUCCCCGCUCGGAGCUCUCAACCUCGCGGCUGGCCAAGAGGGCGCGCUGGGGGCCGCGAGCCACCACCAUCAGCAUCACGGCCACCUCCACCCGCAGGCGCCGCCGCCCGCCCCGCAGCCCCCGCCAGCGCCACAGCCUGCCACCCAGGCCACCUCCUGGUACCUGAACCAUAGCGGGGACCUGAGCCACCUCCCCGGUCACACGUUCGCCACCCAACAGCAAACUUUCCCCAAUGUCCGGGAGAUGUUCAACUCGCACCGGCUGGGACUGGAAAACUCGACCCUCGGGGAGUCCCAGGUGAGCAAUGCGAGCUGUCAGCUGCCCUACCGAGCCACACCGUCCCUCUACCGCCAUGCGGCCCCCUACUCCUAUGACUGCACCAAAUACUGAGGCUCGCAGCCCGCCCUUACCCCAGGCCCGCACCGGCUUCGCCUCCCCAUGGGACCCUCUUUGACGGAGCCGCAGAAAGCGACGGAACGCACCCCUCUCUCAGACCCGGGAGCAGAGAGCUCCGCGCAACUCGCAGGUAACUUAUCCACAACUCGGUUUCUGAGAUCCCAGCGAGUCCCUCUAACGGGGACGCAACCCACCGAAACGAAAUACCGAUUUUUAACAAUUUCCUUCCCCUACCCGGAUGCUGCGCCUGCUCCCUUUGGGGCUUCACAGAUUAGUUUAUGGACCAAAUCCCGCAGGGACCCCUAAUGACUUUCUGUGGAGACUCCCCACGGGUGCAAGAGGUGUCUCUGGAUAAGGUGCCUUCUGUAAACGAGUGCGGAUUUUGUUGUUGCCCAGAGCCUUUAAUAUAAUAUUUAAAGUUGUGUCCACUGGAUAAGGCUUCAUCUUGCCCAACCGUUUCUGCCAAAUUGAAUUCAAGAAAGCUAUGUGGGUUUUCUCCUCACAGUACCAUGAUAAAAUAGAAUUCUUUCCCCAACUGCAGGUCUUUUACAAAACAAGAAAAUAAUUUAUUUUUUUGUUGGUGGUGGAUAACGAAGUAAAGUAUCUGAUACUUUUAAUUUAGGAAGUAUGAUGGCUUUGUACAGUAGACGCCAUCGGGAGUAUUCCUAAAAGACACAGAAAGACUUAAGAUUUUAACUUCACUUGUGUUUGUCUUAUGUGGUCUCAAUGUUGUAUUUACCUUAAAAUAAACCCAUGCUGUUUUUCUGCCCAAA